AUGCCGGCAACGCCACCAGCUUCACUCCAGGCGUAUAAUACCAGACACCCAGCCACGCGCGGGACACGGCUAUCCAAUGUCACGCCGUCGACAGGUACGAGGACUCCGGGGCAGGAUCCUCGGACGCGACAUCAGGACUCGCCCAGCGUGAAUCCUGCCGCGAACGAAGAAGACGAGCGGGCGAACGAAGAUAGCGAGGGCGUCGAAGACCAGGAUAAUGGGAGUGAAGAAGGAGACGAAGAGUCUGUAGAGGAGGAGGAGGAGGGUGACGUGGAAAGCGUGGAUAGCCGCGCGGAGGAUGAUGACGGGGAAAUGGCGAUUGAUGUUCCUCCAGUCGCUACACAUAAUGGAAUGCCGGUGGAAGUAGAUUCCGUGUUUGACCCAACGGGCCUGAAAGAGAUUGGCAACUUGGCCUCGUGGACGGUGUCGACGUGCAAACCUGGGUCGGGCGUGGAAGCCUUGCGAGACGACGACACGUCUCUAUACUGGCAGUCGGACGGUCCACAACCCCAUCAUCUCAAUAUUCACUUUUCCCGCCUGGUAUCGAUACUGUCCAUACGCAUCUUCCUCGACUUUGAAGCCGACGAGUCUUAUACUCCAACGCGAAUCACAUUACUCGCUGGCACAGGAUAUCACGACCUAAUACCGUUUUCAUCGCUGGAGUUUACACAACCUAAAGGUUGGAUCAACGUACCUCUGGAUGGUGUUGGUGGUGGUCCUGAUGGGAACACGUUGAGAGCGUUUCUCGUCCAAGUCAAAGUUGUGGAAAAUCACCAGAAUGGCAAAGAUACACACGUUAGAGGAUUAAGGAUAUACGCCCGUGACGAAAAGACGGGUAGAAGCCUGGCUGGCUUGGAGGAAUGGGGAGUAAGGGAGAAGAAGGGAGACGCGGCAAAGCCCUUAGUUGAUAGGACAGCCGCUCUAGCGGAACCCGAAUGGAUGGAGGAAAUAGAAAUCCGGUGA